AAUAAAGUUAACAGAGCUCUGAUUGCCAGAAUACUUCUUUAUGGGUAGUCAGUCGAUUAUGCAAAUCUCGCAAAUUAUUUAAUCUUUUGAUUAAUCAAUCGAUAAAGUUAAUCGGAGCGAACUGACGAUCGUGCAGAGGAAUGACAAAAUAAUUCAAAACGGAAAAUUCUAAUAACGGGCGAUAAUAUAAGUUUUUCCAAGAUGAUUCGCUCCAUUUGUAAAACAUUUAUCAUUAUUUUAUCUGGUUUUGUACUCGGAUUUGUUAUUGAAAAAUGUCGAGGUAAUCAACACUCUUUUUUACAGGGGACGGUGUAAAAAAUAUUGAAUUGUGUAUAUAAAUAAGAAGGAAAAAAUCAACAUUUUUUGUGGAACUUUCUAAAUUCAAUAUUUCUUGAAUAGAACAUUAUACUUUGCCUUUUUCAUUUUUAUUUCCUUUAAUCUUUAUUUAAUGUUAAACAAUUGUCCUUUACAAAAUUUUAUGCAUAAUUUAGAUCGUGUAAAUAGAACGUGAAUUUUUAGUCGUUUACUUGGUUACACUUUUGCUUAACAUAAAGAAAUAUCCUGUUUAAAUCGAACACUUUUCUUUCAUUGUAUUGAAUUUAUACUGUUUCUUUAUGCUAAAUUCUUGUUAUAUCAUAAAAGUAUCUAUUUAUUAAGAUACUUGUCUGAUGAAAUACAUACACUAUCUGUAAAGUGUAUGUUAUAGUAUAUUUUAGCAUUGUUAAUACUACAUAUCUUUCUUACAUAUAUUUUUAAUGAUUAUUUUUGUGUAAAAAUGUAUUUAAUAUAUUUUAUUUCGACAGUGCACGAACCGAAAUUAAUUCGUCAUCAGAUGCUGUUAAAAACAAGCUCAAUUCUGAAAUUUACCUGUUCUGGAAUUGCAUCUGGUUUGAAUGAAAUAAGAUAAUUUCAAAUUCUCUCUAAAAUAUUUACUAUUUCAGGAAUGUUCUUUCUAAGUUUAUCCACAUUUAUUUCCGGUUCAAAUGGAGCAUUUUUACGAGUGACUUCGAACUAUUUCCGAGAUUUACAAGUUGCGAGAUUAGGUAUUAUUUCUUCUAUUUUUGGUGGUAUGCUGAUGGGUAUUGGAUUUUCUCUUUCCGGUUCUUGCCCAAUGACAAUAUGGUCUCAAGUGGGAGCAAUGGUUCCUAAUUCAAUGUUUGUUGUGUAUGGUGCUUGUGUUGGAACUUUAAUCUACUGUCUCAUCACUCCCCUGCGGAAGCACUUGGAAACAAGUGAAUCGUCGCCAACCAACCCGUAUAAAUCUGGAAAUUAUGCUGGACUAAGCUUACCACUUGCUGUUAUGUUUGGGAUGUUGGUUGUUGCUUUUGAAAUGUUAAGUUCUUGGCGACAAGAAUUAAGCGUAUACAAGGCAAGGAACACGAGAGCUCCAACUGUCUUUCAUAUGAGGGCCUGGCCACCAUACGCUGCUGGCGUUUGUGUUGGUGUUUUUCAGGUUUUGCAUAUGUUUUCUGUGGAUACCUUAAUGGGUUGUUCGAAGAAUCUUACCAUAAUUUGCUCGAAACUUCUUCGUAAAACACCUUUGGGAAAACUUUGCCAAGAACGUCAACGAUUUAAUACUUGGUUUGAUGCAGUGUGGCCUAUUGUUUUCACAAUUUUCAUUGCGGGAGGAUCUUACUACUCAGCAUCUUUAUCAAACUCAUUUCAAAUUGUGAAAGGUGUAAAGGCAUCUGACGCGUUCAUUGGUGGUAUAUUUCUCUUUUUGGGGGCAAGAAUAGCCGGCGGAUGUACAAUGGGGCAUGGUUUAAGUGGAUUAUCAUUGUUAUCCAUACUCAGCUUAAUAACUAUCGGAUCUACUUAUUCUUUUGCGAUGAUGAGCGCAUAUUAUUGGGAUUGGAGGAAGAAAUUUUCAAUAGGAGAGAGAGAUCAGGGUAGACUUAUCGAUCUCUUACAAAAUUGGAUAUUGUGA